GUGGAGGUGGAUGAGAACGGGAAGAUCAUCGACGCCCGUUUCAAGACCUUCGGCUGCGGGUCGGCGAUCGCCUCGAGCUCGCUGGCAACGGAGUGGGUCAAAGGGAAAACGGUUGACGAAGCGCUGCAGAUCAAGAACACGGACAUUGCUAAAGAGCUCUGCCUGCCGCCUGUCAAACUGCACUGCUCCAUGCUGGCUGAAGACGCCAUCAAGGCUGCCUUGGCCGAUUACAAGUUGAAGCAGGACCCGAACAAAGCAGAGGCGGAGGGGAAAGCCAACAACGCCUGA